AUGACACACGAGUCGGCACAAGAUAUCACCACGACCUCCAGAGCAGCCACACGUCGUCCCAGCGCCAAUGGAGCAACUGGCUAUCGAUACUCUGAUGUCUAUCUCACUGAGCAGGCGACAGCUCAUCUCGGGGAUGUGAAUGUCUACCCCCAAUAUUACGCCAAUCAUACUGCGCAAGGUUCGCAGUUCUUACUACGCCCUACCAUCGUCAUACCUUUCCGUCGUGACGUUCGCGAUUUCGUCGAGCGCAACAUUCUCAAAGACAUUGCAGAACGCUGGUCUCACCCAGCUGCGCGCGUCGCUAUAGUCGGACUGGGAGGAGUUGGAAAAACACAGAUCGCCAUCGAACAUGCCUACCGAUGUCGAGACGCCGAUCCUAACAUGUGGAUAUUCUGGGUCCACGCCAGCAGUGCGGAGCGUUUUCAAGAAGGAUACAAGGACAUCGCUGCCACCCUCCAGCUGACGGGGUGGGACAAUCCCCAGGCCGACAUUCUGAGCAUGGUUCAGCGGUGGCUCUCAAACGAGCACAACGGUCGUUGGACCAUGGUGCUAGACAACGCUGACGAUUCGGAUGUUAUAUUUGGUCUGUCAGCCCCUAGAACUGAUACCCAGAUAGCAAUCUCUUCAUUGUCAGCCCAAGCCGGCUCGACAAACCGAUCGUUGUCAACCUAUCUUCCAGUAUCACCUAAUGGGUCGAUUCUUAUCACCUCCCGUAACCGCCGUAUUGCAGAGGGUCUUGUUGACUAUUCCCAGGACAUCCUCGAAUUGACGUCAAUGACAGUUGAAGAGGCUGCCAGUCUUCUCUCAAAGAAGCUGGGACACGAUAAGAACGGCACAAUCGAAGAUGAUCAUAUAUGCUUGGUGCGAGAGUUGGACUGCAUACCGCUAGCUGUUUCUCAAUCAGCAGCGUAUAUUCUUCAACGUGCUCCACGUAUGGACGUCGCUAGCUACCUACAAAAGCUUAGAUCGACUGAUACUUAUCGUGAUAGGCUGCUGGCCGUACAAGGUAUUCGAGGCGCACGGCGAGAUGAGAAGUCUUCUAAAUCCAUACUAACCACUUGGCACAUCUCAUUCCAACAUAUCCAGACCGCCCAGCCAUCUGCGGCAAGGCUCCUGGCCCUUAUGAGCCUCUUCGAUCGUCAGACCAUUCCCGAAGACCUGCUAGUAGGCCGAUACUCCAUAGGCAUUCACAGCUCGUGGAAGCCGCCAGGCAAUCAAGACAGCUUCCAGUCCACCUUUGAGGACGAUAUCUCCAUUUUAAAAGCUUAUAGUUUGAUCAACAGUGGUGCGAGCGACAAUCUGUUCACUAUGCAUCGAUUGGUUCAAUAUUCAACCCAGAAAUGGCUUCAGCUCACAGAUUCCGUAGAGCGUUCAGACAACGAGGGCAUAACCGAUACGGCAAGGAAUGCUUUUGAAGAACGGGUGAGCAACUACGAUAUAUUUUCUGACUCGGGCUACAACAGCGCCGAGCCUGCCGGCACGAUAAAGGCGAUGUCAUUUGCGACAGAUUCCAUCGUCCAUGCCAAUGUGGAAAUGGCAGAUGAUGAAGAAAGUGCAAUGUCAGACCGAGAAACAUCUGUUCGUAGCAUUCAGCGGGUCAUUAGAAGUCAGGAUGACAUACAAUCUCGUCUCGGUCUUCCCUUUUCACCGGCGGUUCGGAAAGCCGAAGUUUUGUUGCUACAGCUUCUAUGCGAAGAUGAAUUGUUCGCUGAGUCGUGUCGACUUAUGUUUCUGGACUUUCAGGACUCGAGUUUACUUGACUCGUCUUUGCGCGAGGACAUUACGGAACUUCUGAAGUACUAUUUCCUCGAUCUACGGCAAGCGGCGAUAACAAGGCUUGAACACGCAGCUUCGACUUUGUUUAGAAGUCGUUUCUACCGUGAGCGAAUAGCAACAAAUAUCGUCCGUCAUAUCAGAAAUCAGACACCACUCUACGUGGACGACGAAGACGAGAAUGCGACGAGGGAAAAGACAUCCAUGUCCAGGGAGGACUUAAACUUAUGGCUGAUGAAGAAUGCGGGUUUCGGUAACAUCGAGUAUGAUUCUCAGCUUGAUAAUGAACAAGCCCAGUCUACCAACGAGAAGCGACACGGAAAUCCGAAUGAUCACACAGCGGGAGAAGGGGCUGAGGAUCAGGAAUCUUCAUUACAUGAUGCAGUGUCAGAAAUCAUUCGGGACGACGACCUUGUCGGCAAAAUGGAGUAUUUCCUGCUUAAAGGGCAGCCAUUUCAUUCACUCGUGGAUCGGGCCAACUUCCACACACUUCGUCCUCAAUUCUGUACAUUGGGCCGCGUUCUAAUGACGUUUUCAAAAGACAGUGUUUCUUUUAAAACUACUGAUCAAGCGAACUGGUAUGAGCGAUGCGCCAAUUUCGUAUCACGGCAUUCAGAAAUUGAAUGGGGCUGGUGGCCGCUGCCACUACCCAAGACUCCACUUCAUCCAAGUGACAUUCGAAUUUCGUGGAUAUGCGUAAGUCCUUGUCGUCGCUUCGUGCGCCUGUGUUCUUGCAAUGUCCCACUGACGAUCGCAGCAUUGUGGCCGAAGAUACCAUCAAGACGUGCCUGCCGAAGAUGGGCGAAGACUGAAACGAUUGCUUGA